AUGCCUUCAAAUGCCUUCGCCAAUCUUUGGCGCAACGAUCGAGUUCGACAGUGCAUCUUGAGCCAGGUUCAGCAGGUUGAUCUUCGGUCAAUGCGACUAGUCUGCAAAGAAGUCGCCAGGAACGUCGCUCCCAUCCUUUUCAAAUCUCUCUCUGUCCACUUCAGCACCAAUACAUUUACCCGUCGGGCGCGAAUGUCGGCUCUCGAUCGUAUCGGCAUUCAUGUACGGACGGUGGUGUUCAAUAUGCCGCACCAUGCCGACACUUUUCUUCCACCUCUUCUGUUUCCAGGCACUCUAGAGGAAGUCAAGUUUGUUUACGAGCCUCGUCUUAGCACGUCAAGACCUUCUUCCUCUUCCAGCUCGACCACUUCCUCAUGCUACUCCAACUACUCAUCGACUUCGUCUUCUAAAUAUGGAACAUGGGAGAUGAAUGACUUGUUGGUCAAACAUUAUCCACCUCUGUUUCAUGCCGCUACCGAUGUCGAGUCCUUUCUCAGGGCUUUUAUUGCAAUGCCAAAUCUUGAGCAUUUUCAUAUCUCAUGUCCAGACCAGCCAUCCGGUCAGCGGUAUAGGAGAGACAUUGUAGACUAUGCCUUGGUCUCACUAAGGUUGGCAAUUGAGACGGCCAACCCAGUGCAGCUUGAAUCUCUCACUCUUGCACCGAUACAUCCUGGAGCAAUGCUCCAUCUACGACCGCAGACGAGCAUUGGCUCGUCACCUGCUUCUACACGUGUGUGGAGACGUAUAAAAACUCUCCACAUCGAAAUGGAAUCCUUUGAGUAUGGUCGUGAUCAACCUUCCGACCAUCUCAAGAUCCUUCAUAGCUACCUGGGCUCGCUGCGGGCCCUGGAAAAUCUCAAAUUCCGGUGGAAAGGGGCCAAAGGCCCUUGUCCCCUUUCUCUUCACAUCGAGCCGUGCACAGCUCGGCCAGUCGCCCUGGAUUGUUUCAAUGCCUGUCCAGACUCGAGCGCAAAGUCUGCGUUCCGCCCUCUCAAGUUUCGUCAUCUGAAGACCAUGCAUCUCACCAAUGCCAGUCUCGAUGCGGACCAAGCGUCUGCUUUUAUCAUGUCCCACCGAAAAGUGUUGCAUGAAUUCGAGUUUGAGAAAUGCGAGCUAAGAUCCGGUACUUGGGACGAUGCGCUACUGCCUUUGACCCACAUGGCAAAGUCUAAAGCAUGGAAGGGUCUAAAGCCCAAGCAAGAAGAGGUCAUGGACGUCCCGAUCAUGCUGAGUCCAGUUGAUGAGAAAACUGAGCUGAUCGAUUGCGUCAACGAACCAAUGUGGGACGAUGUAUUUCGCAAAAGCCGACAUUUGCAGGCCCUCCGGAAGGUCAGCUUGCGGACCAAGGACAUGGUUCCCCAGCAAGUGAGGAAGCUCCUACGCUCGGCGAGAGUCGCAUGGCAUUGA